GAUGAAUGAAACUAUGGACAUGAGUAAGUUAUGGAGGAACCCUGACGCAGUGUUCCCCAAGCCUGGCCCUCCACGUAGGCACAGCUUUGAAGAGGACAAGUCGCAGGGCGAGGGCGGGGAUCGGUUCAGACGUCACAGCGGCCGGAGUACCGAGGUGAACGCGGCGGCAGAGGCGGCGGAGGCCAGGGCUCAGGGUCGCGCCCCUCCUCGGAGGACCAGCCGGUCAUCAGAGGAUGCAGAGGAGCAGGACAGACAGGCGGUCAGGGGAAGGCCUGGUCUGGCCAGGCAGUCCAGUCAGACUGGACGGAAGGGCAGUCAGAAUGAUGCCAGCCUGGGCAAACCCUGGGGUCUGCCCCGUACAGACAGGGGAAAGCCACAACAGACCAUGGGUCCGUCCGAUCCCAACGCCACCCUGGGGGAGAUCAUCUGGAGCUCCCUGUUGGCUAUCGACCUUACCUUGUCCAAGUGUAUCAGUGUUUGUGCGAAUCGCUCGGACAGUAACCUGCGCCACAUCCUGAUGUUCCUGGAGUUCUCGUGCCACGGGCUGCCAUGGAUCGCUGGCACGCUCUUCAUGCUGUACAAGAGCACCACCAUCCUGCAGGUGCAGAAACUGGUCAACCUCUUUGCAGCUCUGAUUCUCGACCUUUUCAUCGUUGGAACCAUGAAAGCGAUGGUGAGACGUAAGCGGCCACCGUACAACGAGGGCGACAUGUUUGCGACCGUCUCAGUCGACAAGUUUUCCUUCCCGUCCGGCCACGCCACGCGAUCAGCAAUGGUGGUAUCGUUUCUUAUCGGCAACUGGUGGAUGCCAUUGGCUAUAAAACACUUUCUCGUGCUCUGGGCGUUCGCGAUCGCCAUGUCAAGGGUCAUGUUAGGAAGACACCAUGUCAGCGACGUUGUCUCAGGGGUUGUGAUUGGCCUGGUGCAGUACCGGAUCGUCAGUUUCUUCUGGUUCUCGCCGUGGUUUUGUCAGACGCUGGUGUGGCCUUUUCUUGGGACAUUAAAGAGUCCAAUUGCUGUGGGACUUUAACUGACACCUUGUGGAAAACUAUGAAGAAUGAAGACACUCCUCCAGAUUCUUUGUUUGGUACAGUCUUACCUAAAGUACAAUAGAAGGAUCCGAGUUUGAGGGAAUGGUUGGGACAGAAACACAGUUAUUGACGGAAUGGAAUUGUGAGCACUGUUUACAGAUAAUUGGUUACAACACCUUUCUUUACUCUGAUGGUAUGAAUAGCUCACAAUAGUUAGGAUGGCGAGAGUACUGAGGACAAAUUUGAUGUAAGGAGAGAUGAGCACAAUCAUAUGACAAAGAGGUUUAUGAGUGGAACAAACUUGCUUAUGAAGGAAUUGAAGAUUACCAAAGACAUACAUCAAAUGACAAGUUGCCAGUGUUAUUAUAUGUACUUGCAAUCUUUUGUUAAAAAGAAAAGAACCUGUCCAUCCUAUAUGAAGGUUUCACAUUUUUCUUUUCCAAUUCAGUAUGGGCAUAAAUUCUCAGAUCACACAUUGCCAAAGCCUGACAUGUUGAAAAAUAUAACGUAACUCUAUGCAUAUGCUGAAACCGUUGUGAGGAAUAAGAUGAUAUUUAUCAAAUUUGGUCAGUCUGUUGUUGCAAUACCAUUAUCUUCCAAUAGGUGGCCAACCUAACAUGUUCAGAAAGGCGUUUUUGAUUACAUGUGACAACAAGUUCAUGUAAGUUGUGGACACUUUUUAAAAUAAAAGGCUGACAGAUAAAGUACUAUGUACAAUGUAUGAUAUAUAGACAUGUGAAAUGUUUCAAUGCAUCAUUUUGGAUGCUGUGUAUCAUUUGCCAGAAUUCCUAUGAAAAAAAUAUAAAGUAAAGGCUGUAGUACCGUCUGUCGCAGUGUAGUUUUCCUGGUGAAAGACAAAGGUUUUCCCUUGGCAGCAUUUUUGAAGAAUUCUUUUCUUUUAGAAAGAGAUUUCAAAUAUACUUUUCAUACAGAUGUACCCUAUUUAUCAUCAUACAGAAAGAUGACACACUUGUGGAAUUGCACUUCAUCUUUUCACUUUUAUUCUACAUGAGUGUACAAAAAUUCUGAAAUAACAGUCUUAUUAUAUGCAUUGGUGUAACAUCUGUGCAUGAAAUGCUGCUUAAAAUGUAUUUUCAUCCUCGAUCUCUUUCAAUCAAUACAACAUGUAAAUCAGUUUACACCCUAUAUAAAGAUUGGUUUGAAACAGUUUUUGUUCACAACAUGAGUGGUACGAGCAUA